GAGAUAGCAUGCGGUGUAUCCCCUGUCUUAUCUCCACAUGACUACAUCUCCUGUGAUACAUCCGUUGGCGAUCCGCCUAAACAGGACAACCAACAGUGGCGUGUUUUAAGACGUGUGUCUACAAAUUUGACGAUUUAUUUUAAUCAACCCCGCCUAAAAAUAAACAAUAUAGCUCUAGUGUGCCGGUGCACAUAACGAGUGCAUCCAUUGUGAUUUUUAGCGGCUACCCCGAGUUAGCCGAUGGUUGGCUGUCGUUAUUGCUAGCUACCAAAGUUAUAUGAUGGUAUUUGUAUAACAGUGUAUUACUGGUUUAUCAGAAAACAGUACAAGAGGCGAAAUGAACAGUCGGCUUCAGGAAAUCCGCGAGAGACAAAAACUUAGGCGGCAGUUGCUAGCUCAGCAGUUGGGAGCUGAAAGCGCCGACAGCAUCGGAGCUGUCCUGAACAGCAAAGAUGAACUGAAAGAGAUAGAGGAGACCAGAGAAACAUGCAGGGCUUCCUACGAUAGCUUGGCGCCCCCAUCAAAAAAGAAGGCACAGACAGAGGGAGAAGACACAGAGGAGGACGUGGAAGAACAAAAGGAUGAGGUGGAAGUGCAGCAGCCAGAUGAAAGCAACCCAUACGAGGAAGUGUACAAGGACUCAAGUACAUUCCUAAAGGGUACCCAGAGUUUGAACCCACACAAUGACUACUGUCAGCACUUUGUGGACACGGGGCACAGGCCGCAAAACUUCAUCAGAGACGUCGGCUUGGCUGAUCGAUUUGAAGAAUACCCUAAACUUCGAGAGCUGAUCAGACUGAAGGAUGAACUCAUCUCCAGCACCAACACUCCUCCUAUGUACCUACAAGCCGACCCCGAGCACUUUGACCUGCAGGAUUUGAAGUGCAAAUUUGAUGUGAUUUUGCUUGAGCCUCCCUUAGAGGAAUACUACAGAGAAUCGGGCAUCAGUCGCACCGAACGUUUCUGGACGUGGGACGAUAUAAUGAGACUGGAGAUUGAGGAGAUAUCAGCGUUGCGUUCCUUUGUCUUUCUCUGGUGUGGCUCUGGUGAAGGACUGGACUUGGGAAGAAUGUGUUUGAGGAAGUGGGGCUUUAGGAGGUGUGAGGAUAUCUGUUGGAUCAAGACCAAUAAGAACAACCCAGGAAAGACCAAAGCACUGGAUCCAAAAGCAGUGUUCCAGAGAACCAAGGAACAUUGUCUCAUGGGAAUCAAAGGAACAGUGCGUCGUAGCACAGAUGGUGAUUUCAUCCACGCCAACGUGGACAUCGACUUAAUCAUCACUGAGGAGCCUGAGAUGGGAAACGUAGAGAAGCCUGUGGAGAUCUUCCACAUCAUUGAGCACUUCUGUUUAGGGCGCAGGAGGUUGCACCUGUUUGGACGAGACUCAACCAUCAGACCGGGCUGGCUGACGGUGGGUCCUACCUUAACGAACACCAACUUCAACCCAGAGACCUACGCCUCGCAUUUUGCUUUGCCCAGCUCCCACCUGUCCGGCUGCACCGAGGAAAUAGAGAGGCUCCGGCCCAAGUCUCCCCCUGCUAAGAUGAAGUCGGACCGCGGUGGCGGGGCGCCCAGGGGGGGACGUGGGGGGCCGAACGCUGGAAGAGGGGGAGACAGAGGCAGAGAAAGAAACCGACCAAACUUCCGUGGGGACAGAGGAGGUUUCAGGGGCAGGGGAGGACCACAUAGGGGGUUUCCACCUCGCUAGAGCACAAGAACUCAUGACAACCAGACUGAUGACAGUAGCUCCCAUCUCCAUAACCUGCAAAUACAAGCUUUUUUUGUAACGCGGUUUAUAUGGUUAGUACAUGGCGGUGAAGAUCUUAGUAUGAUUGAUCUUUUUUAUUUUUAUUUUGUGGUUUGUUAAUAUUUGUUCAUGAACAUUGUUAAGACUGAAUGAGUUGCCAGAAUAAAAAUUUCUUUACACUG